AUGGGUUUCAUUGGCAAUGCUGUCUACUUUGCUUUUCACCCGAUUCAAUUGAGGUCAAUCAUCCAAUGGAAAGUCUGGCACAAUCCUCCUCAUGAGCGAAGUGAAAAAAAUGACACCGAGACACAAAAGAUUUGCUACAAGUUUCUGGACUUGACAAGCCGAAGUUUCAGCGCAGUCAUUAAAGAGUUGCAUCCCGAGCUUCUUCUCCCUAUCACUGUCUUCUACCUUGUUCUCCGUGGUCUUGACACGAUCGAGGAUGACACCUCUAUUCCCUUGGCAACAAAGGAGCCGUUGCUGCGCAACUUCAAGGAUAUUCUGACCCAAGAUGGCUGGAAUUUCACGGGUAACCGUCCUGAGGAGAAGGAUCGUGAACUGCUGGUUCAGUUCCAACACAUCAUCACCGAGUUCAAGAACAUGAAGCCCGCGUACCAGGCCAUUGUCAAGGACAUCACGGACAAGAUGGGCAACGGUAUGGCUGACUACUGUGUCAAAGCUGAGAAGGAGGAUGCCAGCGUGAAGACAAUCGAAGAGUACGAUCUGUACUGCUGGUAUGUCGCUGGAUUGGUUGGCGAGGGACUCACCCGCCUCUUUGUGGAGGCCAAGUUCGGCAACCCUGCGCUCCUAGAUCGCCCGGAACUGCAAAAAUCCAUGGGUCUUCUCUUGCAGAAGACCAACAUCAUUCGUGAUAUUCGGGAAGAUUUUGACGAUAACCGCCGAUUCUGGCCCAAGGAGAUUUGGUCCAAGCAUGUCGACAACUUCGAAGACCUUUUCAAACCUGAGUUCAAGGAAGCGGCGCUGAACUGCAACUCAGAAAUGAUUUUGAAUGCUCUUGAACAUGUGGAAGAGUGCUUAUUCUACCUUGCUGGUCUGAGAGAGCAGAGCGUAUUCAACUUUUGCGCCAUUCCACAAUCCAUGGCAAUUGCAACUCUUGAGCUUUGCUUCCGCAACUAUGAUAUGUUCCAACGCAAUGUCAAAAUCACCAAGGGAGACGCCUGCCAGCUUAUGGUUGAAUCGACCCAGAACCUCAACGUCCUUUGUGAGACAUUCCGCCGGUUGACCCGCGCUAUCCACAAGAAGAAUACUCCGAAGGACCCAAAUUUCCUCAAAAUUAGUGUCGUCUGUGGCAAGAUCGAGAAAUUCAUUGAGACCAUCUUCCCUACUCAACGUGCAGAGGAUGCUCAGCGUCGCAUGAAGGGCGAGCUCAGUCACGAGCAAAUCGAGAAGCAGAAGGUUGAAUCUGAGAGCAAGUCGGACCUGUACUUCUUGAUCGCGAUCAUGGCUGUUAUUGUCUCAAUAAUAGCUGGUGUUAUGCUCGUGACUGCCUGGUUCCUAGGUGCUCGCUUCGAUCUUGCAUGGAAAGAAAUUCGAUCCGGCAACUUCAGACCUCCCGCGGCAAUCACCCACCAAGAGCUCUGA